UGACCCCGUGCCCCCCUCCCCCAGGUCCCACCCUGCUCCUCACCAGCGACAUCAUCCGCGCCCGCCUCGGCUCCUCGGCGCUGGACAGCAUCCAGGAGUACCGGCUGUCGGGGUGGCUGGCGCAGCAGGAGGACAUCCACCGCAUCGUCCUCUACCAGACCGACUGCACCCUCACCACCUGGACCCUGCGCUGCUUCCGCCAGGCCGACUGCAUCCUCAUCGUGGGGCUGGGGGACCAGGAGCCCGAGCUGGGAGAG